UCUAUGUAUAUAAUUUUACGUAUAUAUGAAUGUUUUCAAUUUUAUUUUAUGUAAUUAAAUAUAUUUUAUUUAAAAAAAUUAUCAUAUAUAAGAAUGUAAUAUUUAAUUAAUUAUUAAAUAUUUCAAAAGCAUGAAAAUAAUCUAUUCUAAUAGUUUUUGAAUUGAUAAAAUAUCUAUCUACAUUUUUUUGUAAAAUUAUUAAGCCCGCAAGAGCGGGCAAAACACCUAAUAUAUUUGUAUAUUAGGAAAAUAAAAUCUGUGACGAUAAUAGUUAUACUUUUCAUGAAAUAUUUAUUUUUAUCUUGGCGUGGAAAAAAUCAUAUGAUGCUAUUUUCUUUAAACAAAUCGAGGAUCGUGUCAUGGGUGUAGAGUUCAAGCUGGACAGCUUGAAUACAAAGCUUGAAGAGAUAUCAAAAGAGAAGAAGAAAGCUGAUGAUGCUGAUCAUGGUUCUCUGGUCCAACAACUCGAGGAAAGCGUCAAGAACAUUGAGUUGAUGGUCUCGCAUCUCAAAGUUGAACUUGACAAGAAAAAGAACAUAUCUUCUGCUGAUGGGUUUCUGCUGGUCGACUAAGUUUUUUGACCUAGAAUCAAGUUUUUAGUUUAUUAGGUUUUCUUCGAAGACAUUACUGCGGUUUCACUUUUUUUUUAUAUCAUUUUAAUGCUGUGCUUUCUGAAUUCCUAAUAGCUAGCGAUUCAGCAUGGUUAUGUUACUUAACGUUGCAAGCUAACUUAUGUUCAGUUUACCUUUUGAGCUAGGGCUUUGAGAAGUUUUAUCGAAGUUUUAUGUUCAGUUAUGUUAUUGAUUUAUAGAAUUAUUAAUCUAUAAAAAAAAUUUACAUAGAUAUUUAUAUUUAUAAUAUUAUUUUGUAUAAAAUAAGUGAAUGUUGAUUUUACGAUAUACAUUUUAAUAUUUCUUUUGUCAUCAACCAUAUAUACUUUAAUUAAAUUUUAAAAUUUUCACUUUCAUAUUGUUUAUUAUAUUAUUUAGGUAUAUAAAAUUUAAAUUUGAUUUUAGAUAGAAUGUUAUUAAAUAUAUUACAAUACUUUGAAGUAUCAGAAAAUAAUAGAUAUAAUUUUAUUGUGUAUAUAAAACAAAGAAUACGGUAUUUUAUUUGUAAUUAUUAAUAUAUAGUAAUUUAUAAUUUUAAUGGAACUAUAUAUAUUUACAUAAAAAAUUUAAAAAAUAUUAUUUUAUUAUCUUAUCAAUUUAUGUCAUAUUUUGAAUCAGCCCAAUUCAGAAACGAAGAAAUUAAUUAAUUUAUUAAAUAUUAAUUUAUAAAGUUUAUGUAGUAAUAAUAUUUAUGAUAUAAUUAAGUAGUGGAUUUAGUUAAUUAUUCAUUCUACUUAUAAAAAAAAAAGAAUUAUUCAUUCUUCAGCUUUACCUUUGAGCUAGGGCUUUGAGAAGAUUUAUCCUAGCCUCCUCUAUAUAAACAGAAGGCUUGUUGAUCACCACGCAACCAUCAGAGUUUCUGAGAAGUUCAUCUUUUGCUCAAGUUAGAAAAACUAGAAAGAGUUUGGUUAGAUAUGUGGAACCAAAGGCCGAGUUAUAGGUUUGAGAUAGAUAACUUCUCGGAGAAGAAAGCUCUCAUAUCGUCGAAGACAUUCGUGAGCGGCGGAUGCGAAUGGUAUCUCCAAAUUAAUCCCAAGGGAGAUCGUAUUUCUGAUGGUCACUUGCCUUUGUACCUUUACGUUGCAAAUUCUACAACGUUGCGAACUGGAUGGAAAAGGAGUGCUAACUAUUACUUUGUUUUGUUGAAUCAAUCCGACAAAGAACUCCACAGAUCACCAAUUUCACUAUCAACCAACUUGUUUUGCGCUAAGACUCCAGCAUGGGGUUUCGCGAAGACCAUACCUGUAAGCAAAUUUCAAGAGAAAGGGUUUUUGGAGAAGGACAGACUCAUCAUUGAAGUCCACAUUAAAGUUAUUGAAGCUUUUGAUGGAGAAGGUGGAGAUGUAUCCAACAACAACAAGAAGAAGACUAUUGACAUCAACGGUUUUCAAGUUUUUGCUUCUCAGGUUAUUAAAGUGGGAAAGAUAUUCACAGAGCAUCCAGACAUUGCUUUAGAUUUCAAACCAACGAAACAAGAGGUGAAGACAGCAUACAUGAAUGUCCUCCUCAGGGUCAUUAAAACACUCAAUAAGCCUCCAAAGAGCCUUUCAGAGACUAGACUUAACAAGGCUAGCAGCGAGUUGAGUGAGCUGAUGGACGUAGGUUUCAAGCUGGACUGGUUGAAGUCAAAGCUUGAGGAGGUUUCUUUGGAGAGGAAGAAACCAGAUGUUGAUGGGUAUCAGGUCCAACAACUCGAGGAACGUGUCAAGCAUCUUCAGCUGAAGCUUGAUGAGGUUUCUUUGGGGAAGAAGUUAUCAGAUGAUGAUAAUGAGUCUCGUUCCCAAGAAGUAGAGGAACGUCUCAAGCAUAUUGAGCUGAAGCUUGAUGAGGUUUCCUUUGUGAGUAAGUUAUCAGAUGAUGAUAAUGAGUCUCGUGCCCAACAAGUAGAGGAGCGUGUCAAGGAUCUUAAGCUAAAGCUUGAUGAGGUUUCCUUUGGGAGGAAGUUAUCAGAUGAUGAUAAUGAGUCUCGUGCCCAACAAGUAGAGGAACGUGUCAAGAAUCUUGAGCUGAAGCUUGAUGAGGUUUCCUUGGGGAGGAAGAAAGCAGAUGAUACUAAUGAGUCUCGUGCCCAACAAGUAGAGGAUCGUGUCGAGGAUCUUGAGCUAAAGCUUGAUGAGGUUUCCUUUGGGAGGAAGUUAUCAGAUGAUGAUAAUGAGUCUCGUGCCCAACAAGUAGAGGAACGUGUCAAGAAUCUUGAGCUGAAGCUUGAUGAGGUUUCCUUGGGGAGGAAGAAAGCAGAUGAUACUAAUGAGUUUCGUGCCAAACAAGUAGAGAAACGUGUCAAAAAUCUUGAGUUGAUGGAAUUGGAACUUAAUAUGUGUUGGAAGCCGAAGCUUGAUGAGUUGGAGGGUAAGAAAACUGAUGAUGCUAUUAUCUUUGAACAAAUCGAGGAUCGUGUCAUGGGUAUAGAGUUUAAGCUGGACAGCUUGAAUACAAAGCUUGAAGAGAUCUCCAAAGAGAAGAAGAAAGCUGAUGAUGCUGAUGGUUCUCUGGUCCAACAACUCGAGGAAAGCGUCAAGAACAUUGAGUUGAUGGUCUCUCAUCUCAAAGUUGAAAUUGACAAGAAAAAGAACAUAUCUUCUGAUGAUGGGUUCUUGUUGGUCGACUAGGUUUUUUGACCUAGAUCAAGUUAUUAGUUUAUUAGGUCUUCUUUAGAAGACACUACUAUGAUGGUCGACUCGGUUCCAACAACUUUAGGAAAGCGUCAAUAACAUUGAGCUGAUGGUGUUGUGUCUCAAAGUUUAACUAGACAAGAAGAAGGGCAAAUCUACUGCUGAAGGGUUUUUGUUGGUCGACUAGGCUUAUAGAAGCACGAAUGUCUUUUCAUUUUUCUCGUUUUUUGGUUUUUAGUUUUGCACUGUGAAACGCUAUAGUCUAGAGAUUUGACAUAAUCAAAAGUGUUUUUUUUUUUCGUUCUGAUUUAAUCUCAAAAUUGACCCAAC